AUGGAGAAAGGCACCGUGCCGCGCAAGGCCCGCGGUAGGCCUGCCUACACCGACGUGUACGAUGAGGAUCCCCUCAAGGAUGAAGCUGCCGAUGACACCGAGAGCGCCGCCUUUCUUGGCUCGACCGGCGCAGGCCUUCAGCGCAGGCCUAUGGACAGGAAGCUGCGUCGCAUCCUGCUCAUCUGCGCCGCCGUCUUCGUUGCUGCCUGGGUCGCAUCUCUCGCCGUGUUUGUCUCCAAGGGAUCGUACAAGCACGCCAGCGAUGUGGACCAUGAUCCCGACGCCGACUCUCGCGGCUCCGGCAAGCCUGUCACCUUGGACCAGAUCUUUGAUCGCUACUGGUCUGCCGAGAGCAAAUCGCUUAGCUGGAUUGCAGGCCCCGACGGCGAAGAUGGCCUCUUGCUCGAACAAGGAGCAUCAGGCAAGGAUUAUCUCGUCGUGGAGGACGUUCGGUCAGUGGUAGGGGACGCAAGCGAUGCGGAUACUCAGCUGGCCAAGUCUCGGACUCUCAUGAAGAAGGCGCAAUUCGAGUACGCAGGCAAACCGUACACUCCCCACUGGCUUCGACCCAGUCCAGAUCAGAAAAAGGUCCUCAUUGGCGUCGCAAAAGAGAGUGUCUGGAGGCAUUCGUUCACGGCCGUCUACUUCGUCUUCGACGUGGAGACGCAGACUGCAGAGCCCCUCAUCCCGUUGGAUACGCAAGCUCGUGUUCAGCUCGCAAGCUGGAGCCCUCGCAGCAACGCGAUAUCGUUUACCAAAGACAACAAUCUCUUCAUCCGCCGCCUCACCGGCGACAACGAUAUCGUGCAGAUUACAAAGGAUGGUGGCCCGGAGUAUUUUUACGGCAUUCCUGAUUGGGUGUAUGAAGAAGAGGUUUUCUCUGGAAAUAGCGCUACUUGGUGGUCCGACGACGGAAAGUUUCUGGCUUUCCUUCGGACCAACGAAACCGGAGUCCCGGAGUAUCCUGUUCAGUUCUUCAUCUCGCGACCCAGCGGCCAAACACCGCAGAGUGGCGAGGAGUCCUACCCCGAGGUCCAGCAAAUCAAGUAUCCUAAAGCUGGCGCGCACAACCCCGUUGUUGACCUCCAGUUCUACGAUGUCACCAAAGGCGACGUCUUUUCGGUUAGCACCGGCGACGAGUUUCCUGACGAUGAUCGCAUCAUCAACAGCCUCAUCUGGGCUGGCGACAAUGUCCUUGUCAAGCAGACCAAUCGCGUCAGCGAUAACCUGAAAGUCAUUCUCGUCGAUGUUAAUGAGCGCCAGGGCAAGACGAUCAACAAUAUCGAUGUCGACAAGCUUGACGGCGGCUGGUUCGAGAUCUCACAUUCAAUGACGUAUGUUCCUGCAGACCCGGACAAUGGUCGACCAGAGGAUGGCUAUGUCGACACAGUGAUUUACGACGGCUAUGAACACAUUGGAUACUUCACUCCUCUGAGCAACUCCAAGCCCAUCAUGCUCACCUCUGGGGAAUGGGAAGUUGAUAAUGCUCCUUCGGCCGUCGAUCUCGCCAACAACCUUGUCUACUUUGUCGGUACCAAGGAAUCUUCUAUUCAGCGCCAUGUGUACUCCGUGAAACUGGACGGCUCGGAUCUAAAGCCCCUCACAAACAUUUCUGCUGAGGCCUACUAUUCCGCCUCUUUCUCGUCUGGGGCAGGCUUUGCCCUCCUCUCCUAUCGCGGACCCAAAAUCCCGUACCAAAAGGUCAUCUCAACCCCUUCCAGCAACAUCUCGUAUGAAGUUAUUGUUGAAGAUAAUGCUGAGCUUGCCGACCGUGCCAAGAAGCAUGAACUUCCUAUUCUCAAAUACGGCACGCUCAAUCUCAGUGACAACGUCACCGUAAACUACCUCGAACGUCGUCCGCCUCAUUUUGACCCCAAGAAGAAGUAUCCCAUCCUCUUCCAGCAGUACUCCGGGCCCGGCUCGCAGGAAGUCACCAAGAGAUUCGCGGUCAACUUCCAGUCCUAUGUCGCCUCCAACCUCGGCUACGUGGUCAUCACCGUAGACCCCAGAGGCACAGGCUUCCUCGGCCGCAAGCACCGCGUGCCAGUCCGCUCUCAGCUCGGUCUUCUCGAGGCGCAGGAUCACAUCGCAGCCGCUCGUCACUUUGCCUCCCUCGACUACGUCGACGAGACCCGACUCGCCAUCUGGGGCUGGUCCUACGGCGGCUUCACCACCCUCAAGACGCUGGAGCAGGACGCCGGCCGCACAUUCUCCUACGGUAUGGCCGUGGCGCCCGUUACCGAUUGGCGCUUCUAUGACAGUAUCUAUACCGAACGUUAUAUGCGCACUCCCCAGGAAAACGACAAGGGCUACGCCACGUCCAAGAUAUCCAAUGCCACGGCCCUGGGCGAGAACAAACGCUUCUUGCUCAUGCACGGCGUUGCCGAUGACAAUGUGCACUUCCAGAAUUCCCUCACUCUGCUGGAUAGCUUGGACUUGGCAGGUGUGGAAAACUACGAUGUCCAUGUGUUCCCCGACAGCGACCAUGGCAUUUACUUCCAUGGCGCAAAUCGCAUUGUAUACGACAAACUAAACAAUUGGCUCAUUAAUGCCUUCAACGGCGAGUGGCUCAAGACAGCUCACCCCAAGCCAAACAGCAAUAAAGUAUAG